AAUACACCGUCGGUGUGCAGCAUUCGAUUAGGAAUGGGUCCGAUCUAAUUUCAGGCUCCUUUAAUUUAUAAUCUUGCGUUUGAAAUGGAAUUCGAUCCUUUUGUGCAGGUUAUUUCAUCGAAAACAAAGGAAAGAAAAGAGUAAGAAAAAGAGAAUUGUUACACGUCGCAAGGAUGCAGUUUUUUUAAAGAGAAAUUGACAAAAGUCUCCACCGCACUGUAAUCUAAGCUCGCAGUACGAAUUCGAGGGUUAAGGAGUGUUCCGAAUGCGUGAAAGUUGAGGUUAUCGAUCUUCGUAGAUUUCAAAGACGACGAUCUCGCGUAGAUAAUCGUUUUGAGCAAGAUGUUUGCACAUGCGCAGCUAGCUUAAUUCCGUUCCUACUUUUUACCGGUCUCGAAUCCGGUAUAUCUUCAUUUCCUUUAUCCCCACUGUAUCUAGCUGAGCGCGUGUGCGGUCGACACGUCAAUUAUAUCUGAAUCGGAGGCGACGUCUCAUCGUGAUUACACCGCAAAAUGAAAGCAACCUGGCUUUUCGUUAAUGGCUUAAUGAUUCAGACCUGUUUGCAUCAUUUUCCACCAUUAUGAUCAUACAGUGAUCGUUAUAGAUAAAAUUCGAAGCUUUAAUUGGCACAACGAAUCUUAAUCGAGGAAACAAGCAGUAUUCCAGAUGAAGUUAAUACCACCUAUAUUAUAAUUAUGUAUAAUAUAUAAUAUUAUAAUAUAAUAUAUAUUUGUUAAGUUGAUUAAUGUAGUAAAUUCCAUUGCAUAGUGAUGAUUCAACCAUCUGAUAGAAAUUAAGUGGUUUUGUUUUCCAUGUUUCAGUUCUAAAGGAACGAAGGAUUAUCCGCAGAGAAUACUAAGUACUGAGCUGACUUUUCCAUUUAAUCAGAGAGAAACAAAAUUGUGACGUAAUAUCGAGGUGUUUCGCUCACAGUUCGUUCACAAUACGCCGUUUUAUCAUUAGCUGUGGGGAACAGAAGCGUAGGACUCCGCGAUUUAUGAAUGAUUCGGAGGAGUGAAUGAACGGGGUCGACGCAUGCGCACUACCGGUCAGAUUCCAUUCCCAUUCCGAUCUCGCCUCUAUUCUCACUGCUUUAUCCUUUUGCCGCACUCCACGUAGGUACCGUGAACGAACAGCAGCUGUAGAAUUUAUAAAAAGAUCUGUCCGACUGUCGGGGCCCUUAUCAAGGUCUCCACCAUUAUAAUAAAAGGGAAAAAGAACGCGCGUUUCUUUCACCGUUAUGGAAAUAUUUACACACCACGUAGAGACCAAUCCAUGCCAAGUUGGAAAAAGCAAGAACUUCAGAUACUAUCGCACUUGAGGACUUUACCUUCAGAAGAUCACUAUCUUUUGAAAACAGUCACACACAGUUUCCCAGAAUCGGCUACACGAUUGCAUCGUCUUAUGUUCAAGACAAAUGUCAUAGCAGCACUUUUCCCAUUUCUCGCAAUCCUUGUCGUCGUUGCAUAGAAUUGGCGGCGGUAAAUGCCAAUCGUAAGUUCGUGCACAAUGAGUUCUCAACGGUGGACAAUGUUUUUCGGGUUCUUCCUCACGGACGUAUAUUUCCGGCCAGACGAAGUCGAUUAGCGGAGGUUCAGCGGCGAUCAUCAAUGAAUGGAGGAAAAAGUGCCAGAUGUAUUCUAGCCAGCUCUCAGCUUUUCCGCUUGGACAGCAAUAAUAUCGAUGAUCGAUCGUCCUACACCAGUAUCUGCAAAGUUGUCCGUGGCCUUUUUCGUGAACUUCCAUUGCGCAAACGUAAAUGGCGAAACAAAGUACCACGAUGAAUCUGGACAUCCUGAAAUGCUAUUGUAUUUUCAUUAAGGGACCGUAGACAUUCGUUGUACAAGUACUAUAAAACUACAAGUAUAAUAAUCUAGAGAUUGCGAUACCUCUGCGUUUGCAUAUUCUCUGUUGAGAACGGUGAAGAGAAAGUUACGAAAACAGAAAUUAUAAUAUAGGCAACGUAAAAAAUAUUCCUGUAUCAAGCAGUUCAACAAUGCAGUUUUUUAAGUGAAAAAAAGAUAGAAAUUUUUGUGAUAUGUUUGAUGAUUUUAAAGAGUUAAAUAGAGUGUGUUUGCUACUUACUUGGAUUCCGAGUUCCGUCUAAAAGGGACGCUGCAGCGGACAUCCUUAUAAGUGUCGGAAGAACUUCUCUUAGUUAAACUUCAGUCACGGAACAUUUAUAAAUAAUCGCCGCACAAUGAGAAAAACGUCAGAAGUCCCAUUAGAAAUCUCAUUCGACGAAACGUCGAAGCGACAUCGUUAUGAAUUCAGUGAAAAGAAUAAAAAUUUAGCAAUCAUUUGAGAAAACCACUUUCCAUAGAAAGCAGUACCGCACAUAAAUUGUUUCUGUAUUGUUUCCGUUUAGAAUAAAGAUAUUGUCAAGGCGCAAGUUUUAUAGAAAUAGUUUUCUCGCAUGAGAAGAACAUGGAAAUUCACAGUGGUUUUAUUCUCGAACAAACGUUCGAAUACUUUCGUGAACUACUAUUUGAACAAAUAAUAAGUUAUUCCUUUUUCAAUCAUCUUAGUCACCAAGUGACAUCGAAAUCAAAAAAUGAAAGAACCAUCCUGUCAGACUCUUUUUGUGUAUUCUUCAUAUAUAUAAAUUACAUACAAUUUAUAACAUUGUGUAAAAUAUCGAUUUUCGAGCGAUUCAAGUGUAUCUGCAUUAGAUAGUGCAUCCGGCCAAUACCAAUCGUCUAGUAAACUACUACUAUAUAUCACUGCUAAGUUACUAAGAAUUUUGUAUCGUGUAAAAAAGACUAGAAACGUUUUAAAAUCGAAUGAACACUUGAUUUAUAAGAAAAUUCCAUUUGUUAAUACAUAACAUCUUAAAAUAUGUGGAGAAUGUA